UCGGUAUUUGCGUUUGUCUUAAAUACGUCUCGUCACAAAUAAAACCCAUUUUGUAGAAAGAACGUUUUUUAAGUGUGAACUCGUCCAUUUGUCGUUGUCAGAUGAAUUCUUUUGACAGGAGUCCUGUCAGCUGAUCACCGAUCCAUUACCUGACAAAUGCACUUAAUUGCAUCUGUCACAGUAGACUUAAAUUAUUUCUUAUUCUUUGACAUUAUUUUAAAAUCUAGCAUUUAACACGAAGUCAGUAGGAGCACAAUUCAUUUUCAACCAUUGGACGAAUUUCAGAUGUUAGGAUUCAGAUAUUUUCACAAUGUUAAAUCAUACCUAUUGUAGAUAAUAUAAACAAAGAGUGUAAAGUUGUUUUUUUUAUUAUUACUUAUUUUUAUUCCGGUUCGAAGAGAGUAGCCAAUUUAAAUUUAAGUGCCUUUGUACAACAACGGAAAUUAAAUAUACUAGCAUGGUGUCAAAAUAAACGUUUAAUAUGCCACGAGUAAACUCAGUGACUAAACUGAUAACCCAAAGGGAAUACGAUUCAACUCUAUGUCGCCCUUUACAAAAACGUCUUCACGUUACGAGCAGCCUUGUGGCCCGUCUCGGGCUGGAAAAGGAACUCCAUGGGCAUACAGGCUGUGUCAACUGCCUCGAAUGGGAUUCCAAAGGAAGAAAACUGGCCUCUGCCUCGGACGACUUCCAUGUCAUCAUUUGGGACCCUUUCUUGUACAAGUGUGAGCAGAAGUUCUCAACGGGACACCAUGGCAACAUAUUUUCCGUUAAGUUCAUGCCGGACCAUCACGAUGACAUCAUUGUAACUGGUGCUGGCGAUGAUGAAGUCAGGGUCCAUAACUUGGUAUGUAAGGAAACAACUCGAGUCUGCUUGUGCCACGGGGGUAGAAUCAAGAGACUUGCCAUUGCACCAGAUUCGCCAGACCUAUUUUGGAGUGCUGCAGAAGAUGGUAUAAUUCGACAGUUCGACCUCCGAGUCAAGCACAAUUGCUCAAAAAAUGAAAAGAAUGUACUGAUCGAUCUUAAUAGUUAUGUGGGUGAGCACGUCGAGGCUAAAUGUCUGGCCAUCAAUCCACUCAGAUCUGAACUCAUCGCUGUCGGAGCAAGUGAUCCAUAUAUUCGUAUUUAUGAUAGACGAAUGAUUUCACCAAUUAAGGAGCCGAGUUCCAACCCGAACAACUCACAUCCAAAUGAAGACAAUCUCCCUUCUGGAUGUGUUCAAUACUUUGUUCCAGGUCACGUUCCCUGCAAGCGAUUCUUCACAGCUAAAGAAUUUAGUGCAACAUAUGUGACAUUCGGCCCCAAUGGGAAAGAUCUAUUGGUUAACCUUGGCAACGAACAUAUUUAUCUUUUCGAUAUCAACGCCAAGUCGAGAAGUCUUCUGCUUCGAAAUACAAACGAUAAUCAAGAACUAUCUGACCCUCUGAAGGGUUACUGUAAUGGUUUUACCCCUGCGAAAGGUUCACUUCUUUUUUCAAGGCAUAAACCUCAGCUACCAGAUCACAUAAACGCUUUAAAAUUAGCAGGGAAUGCUUUGUUUGAAAAGGAACUGUAUACAAGAUCAAUUAGAGUUUAUAACGAAGCUAUAGGAGAAUAUCCAAAUAGUUCUGUGUUUUAUUCCAAUCGUGCUGCAGCAUAUAUGAAAAGGGAUUGGUAUGGAGAUACUUAUGCUGCAUUACGAGACUGCAUCGUUGCGCUUAGUUAUGAUCCUAACAAUGUGAAGGCAUUUUUUAGACUUUCAAGGUGUCUUUUUGAACUCGCUUGGUAUGCUGAAGCACAAGCAUCGCUAAACAAUUUCAAGCAAAGAUUCCCGAACCAUGCGAAAACAGUCGCAUGUCAAGCACUGGAAAGAGACAUUGCUACGAAAUUAACUAAAUCAGGUAUGUUUAUUUUAAAAUUUUCCUCCUUGUUUUGCUUACAGACCAAGUUGGUUUCAGAAGAAAAUUCUGAAAAGGAUUCAGGAGAAUUCGAUUACGCUGAAAUUAGCGAAAAAGAACUAGAAUGGAGGGAAAGGGCAAAUGAUUACCAACUCAGAUUUUAUGGCCAUUGCAAUACAACUACUGAUAUUAAAGAAGCCAACUUUUUUGGAAGUGAUGGCCAGUUCAUUGUGGCCGGUUCUGAUGAUGGCUCCAUAUUUAUAUGGGAUAGAAAAACAACAAAUAACAUUAGGAUACUCAAAGGAGACUCUUCUAUAGUCAAUUGUCUUCAGCCUCAUCCAACAUACUGUUUAUUAGCUACUUCUGGUAUAGAACAUGUCGUGAGAUUGUGGAGUCCAAGACCUCAGGAUGGCCACGAAAAUGAUCUUGAAGUUAAGGAGAAAGACGAAGUCGCCUUAACAAAUCAACGAAGGAUGAAAGCAGACCCUUUUGAUGUUGUCUUGAUGAGUGUGGGACUUGUGAGACCCAAUGAAGAAACAGAAGGAGGUGUGACAUAUAAUUGCAGAACGAGUUAGCUGUCAUAUCAAAAAGUUUAUCUCAUUUUUAUUCAUUCAUUUUUGUUUCCUUUUGUUUUCUUUAUGUCUGUCUUUAUUUUUGUUACCAAUAAGGUCGUUUUAUUUUUGUUUUAAUCCACUGAAAGUUUUAAAUUUGUCGCUUUUUACUCAGUCUCGAUGUCAGCAGAAACUUGACAAUAUGUAUUUUAAAUUAAAUCUAUUGUAAAAUGGAAAUUGCAAAGUGUAAAUAUGAGAGGAAAAAUAACAAUUAACUAGGAGCUAUCUAAAUAUCGAAUAACAUCAUAAAUAUGAAUUCA